UUUAUUUUUUUGUGGGUGUACCAGAGUUUCCACCGUCGCUAUUCAUUCCAAUUUCACUGAGUCCGGACGGAAGACUACCAGUCUUUCAUUCCUACCAGGAUAGGGUAGCCACUGACGUAUAUUGCUGCUCUCUGCUUUUUCUCCUUGUCGGAUUACCAAAUCGGAAAGAAUGUCAGAAGAUCAGCCAUUGUUAAGAGACUUAGAGGCAGGGAAAAUGAGUGAUGCCAAAAAACCCAUUGCUGCCGCAACCACAAAACGCUCAUCUCCUGCUCGCGUUGCGUCUCUUGAUGUGUUCAGAGGCCUCUGUGUUUUUCUUAUGAUGCUUGUGGAUUAUGGCGGAUCCGUUUUCCCAAUCAUCGCUCAUUGCCCUUGGAAUGGUUUGCACUUGGCCGACUUCGUAAUGCCUUUCUUUCUUUUCGUCGCCGGAGUUUCCCUGGCAAUUGUUUAUAAGAAUGUUUCCAACAGAUUAGAGGCUUCCAAGAAGGUUGUGUUAAAGGGAUUAAAACUUUUUGUCCUUGGUAUUUUUCUUCAAGGUGGUUACUUGCACGGAAUAACUUCUUUGACAUAUGGGGUCAGCAUUGAAAGAAUAAGAUGGCUGGGAAUUUUGCAGAGGAUAGCUGUUGGGUUUGUUGUUGCCGCAUUGUGUGAGAUAUGGCUUCCUCGCCGAAAGAAAACAAAAGCUGGUUUCUUCCUUAAUUAUAUCUGGCAUUGGUGCACUGCAUUGGCGCUGUCUGCCAUAUAUAUGGGAUUAUUAUAUGGUUUGUAUGUUCCCAAUUGGCAAUUCAGUGUACCCCAGUCAACUUCCUUACAUUCAUCCAAUGAAAGCCAUGUUUACAAGGUUAAUUGUUCUGUUAGAGGUGAUCUAGGACCUGCAUGUAAUUCAGCUGCAAUGAUAGAUCGUUAUAUUCUUGGAAUUGAUCAUCUCUAUGCGAAACCUGUAUAUAAAAAUCUGGAGGAAUGCAAAGUAUCCAAUCCACCUUCAUGGUGUUUUGCUCCCUCUGAACCUGAAGGUAUUUUAAGCUCACUAACAGCUGCUGUGGCCUGUAUUUUUGGACUCCAGUUUGGUCACAUCCUAAUACAGUUGAAGGACCAUAAAGAACGGUUGUACAAUUGGGCCAUCCUUUCAUUUCCAGUUUUGGUUGUUGGAUUGUUCCUUGCGUUCAUAGGUAUUAUACCUCUGAACAAAUCUUUGUACUCAAUAAGUUACAUGAUGGUUACCUCAGCAACUGCUGGAAUCACGUUAUGUGCUCUGUACCUACUGGUUGAUGUGUUUGGGCAGAGGCGGCUAACGUUGGCUUUAGAGUGGAUGGGAAAGCAUUCCCUAACCAUUUUCAUCUUCUUAACUUCUAAUAUAGCUUUCAUUGCUGCACAAGGCUUCUAUUGGAGAACCCCAGAAAACAACAUCGUUCAUUGGGUUGUAUCACAAGUGAAGAAGAAGAAGAAGAUGUCUAAGGAAGUGAGCGAAGAGGGACAGGCUCCCCACCACGUUGGCAAGGACUACGUGGACCCACCACCUGCACCGCUCUUGGACUUCAGCGAGCUCAAGCUCUGGUCAUUCUACCGUGCCGUCAUAGCCGAGUUCAUAGCUACCCUCCUCUUCCUCUACGUCACCGUCGCCACCGUCAUCGGCCACAAGGAACAACAAACCGCCGCCGGCCCAUGCGACGGCGUUGGCCUUCUUGGCAUAGCAUGGGCCUUUGGUGGCAUGAUCUUCGUCCUCGUCUACUGCACUGCCGGAAUUUCAGGUGGACACAUAAACCCGGCGGUGACAUUUGGGUUGUUUCUGGCGAGGAAGGUGUCUCUGGUGAGGGCUGUGUUAUAUAUGGUAGCACAGUGUUUGGGUGGCAUUUGCGGAGUAGGGCUGGUGAAGGCGUUGAUGAAGGAUUACUAUAACAGGCAAGGCGGCGGUGCAAACUCUGUUGGGCAUGGCUACAGCAGGGGCACGGCUUUGGGUGCUGAGAUUAUUGGAACUUUUGUCCUGGUUUACACAGUGUUUUCAGCCACCGACCCCAAGAGGAACGCCCGCGACUCUCAUAUCCCUGUUUUGGCUCCUCUUCCCAUAGGGUUUGCGGUGUUCAUGGUUCACUUGGCCACCAUCCCCAUCACCGGCACGGGCAUCAACCCCGCGAGGAGCUUUGGCGCCGCCGUCAUCUACAACAAUGGCAAAGUGUGGGAUGAGCACUGGAUCUUCUGGGUUGGACCGUUUGUUGGGGCGUUGGCGGCAGCGGCUUACCACCAGUACAUCUUGAGAGCUGCGGCUAUCAAGGCUUUGGGAUCUUUCCGCAGCAACCCAACCAACUGAACGGAGCAUAUUAAUUCAAAAUAUUAGGAGAUCAGAAAUCAAUCAUCUUAGCUUUGCCAUUUUAAUUAGUCUUUAUUAUUAUCGUGUGUCUGUGUAAUCAUUUCCUAUUAUAUUUUGUUUGAGCUAGACAAUGUUUAAUUUUGGUGUCUAUGUACUCCGAUCCGUAGUAUUUAUUAUUGUAUUUGGUAUGGGAGUUAGAAAUAGAAAUAGUGUUUUUCUUUAAUUGUAA